AUAAAACAAGUUUUGUUCCUGUGUCCGACACUCCGCCUCCGACUCCUUUUCUCCAGCGCUACAUUCUCACUGUUGUUUUACCGUUUUAUUUUAAAAAAUAAUGAAUGGGAGUACAUUUUCUCAUUACCCUUUGAUAUUGCAGCGACUCGAUAUUUUGUUAUAAAAACUCCAGAGAGGUGAAGCCGGAUUUGAACCUCAGUCCUCAGAACUGUGAGCCAGAUGUGCAUACAAGUCGGUGAAAUAAUUGACUAUCCUCAAGGAUGAUAAGGACUAUCAUCGAAGACCUUGCGUUGAGCUGAAGAAAAAAAAUGGAUGAAGAAUGUUGGGUGCCCGAUUAAUGGAUUUGCAUUGGGAGCCCAAAUUUGGGCUAUAUCUGGUGACAGAGAAUCGUAAAUAGGCUACGCCCCUCUCUGUGUUAUUACAUGUCCGUAAAAAACAUGUUUAGGUCGUGAGGUGGCGAACUGCUCACGUCAAGUAAGGUUUGGAGUGCGCCGAACAGGUGGAAAGACCAGACAACAUUGGAUUGAUUGUGUUCUGUACUUGAGCUGCAUAUUCAACCUGAUUGUACAGAGCAGGAAAAAGUCAGACUUAUUCAACCUAGAAGAAACUCAAUUGACAUUGACUGGAAUAAAAAUUAAUAUAAUGCAUGCAAGUGCGCGCCAGUAUAAAUGACUGCUCCUGAUUCGAUAAUCAGACUUCAACCGAGUUUCCUAAUGCCUAUAUUCUCACGCUUGUCUUGUAUCCAAGUGCAUUCCAAGUUUGAUCCUCAUCAAGAACACGGUUUAACAAUGAAUUUAGAUGUUUUUGAAUCCAAGAUGUCAACCAAACCAAGGUCUCGAACCAAAGAUGGUAAAACAACGGGGAUGAAGAUUUUGCUUUUUUUGAGGGCCUGUGAAUGCAACAGUGGAUUUGACAGCACGACAGCAAACAUGGCGCUUGUCGGAGCGUCCCAGCAACAUCUCCUCUUUCCUCUCAGCUGUCAGGAAAGAAGCUGGCUGGGGGACGAUUUAUAAGUGACUGUGAUCAGCUGUUGGCGUUUGUCCGCCUUCCGUUGUUUUUAAUUUCCCUGCUUUGCCCGAUGAUAACGAUCUUUGUGAAAGAGUGAACCGACCGACACAACAACAGCAUCGGCUAGGUUUCCUCACUUCAAGCGACAUGCUGAACAGGUAAACUCCCUGUCAACCAGCCUCUCCCAUUAGUCCUCAUUCCCACCUGCUGCUGAUGUCAUCACCACCACUGAAGCCAUGUCCCGAGUCUGGACUUUCCAAGACUCUGGAUUCUCUGUCCAUGUCUUCACUUUUAUCUGGGGAAUUAAACGAGAAUGGAAUCGAAAGAGGAGGAGACCAGGAUGAGGAUGGUCUUAGACACCUGGAAGUGAACCCAUAUGACAGUCUGCCUUUUUCUUCUCGCUACUACACGCUGCUGGAAGAGAGGCAACAGCUUCCUAUAUGGACACUGAGACAGAAUCUACUGGAGCACCUGGAAAGUCACAGUAUGGUGCUGCUCAGUGCCCCCAGUGGAGUAGGGAAAAGCACCCAGGUGCCACAGUGGUGUGUGGAGUAUGCUUUGUCCUAUGAAUUUUCUCAGGGGCUGGUUUGUUGUUCCCAGCCUUAUUCAGUCGCAGCAGUCAGUCUGGCCCUUCGUGUGGCCGAUGAGAUGGACCUCAGCUUGGGUCUGGAGGUGGGCUACGGGGUGGCUCAUGAUGACAGCUGUACACCAGAUACUUUGCUCAGGUUUGUCACCGACACUCUCCUGCUUGAGGAAAUGAUGUCAGACCCCUUGCUGCAUCAAUACGGCAUCGUGGUUGUGGAUGAGCUCCAGGAGCGCACUGUAGCAACGGAUGUGUUACUUGGCUUAUUGUGUGACGUCUGCCGCCAGAGGCCCGAUAACUUUCAUGUGGUUCUUCUGACUCACCCAUGUCUCGCUCCUCAGCUCGCCUCCUUCUUGGGCCCCUCUGUCCCUCACCUCUACAUGGACAGCCUUUUUUCUGAGGCCUCUAUAAAUGGACAAGAAAAGGAAAGUGUGUUAAAAGUGGAGAUGAACACCAAAAACAUGAAAAGAAUGGAGACUAUGUACCAGGAACCUUUACCUGGGAAGGGCCCUGUGUUUACUGCCUGUCAAAUGGUUCUAGAUCUUCACCAAAGAGGAGAAGAGGGAGAUAUGAUGGUGUUUCUUGCUAGUGCACAGGAAAUACAGGAGUGUGCUGCAAGGCUAGAGGUAGAGCAUGUAGCUCUCAGUACUCAACUUGGCUCAUUCAAGAUCCUCCCCCUCCACACUGGACUGGGUGGGCUGACUCAACGAGUAUACACCACUGAAGUGUCUACUCACAGGGAGAAUAAUAGUUCAGAGACAAAGGACAGCACAAUGCUGGAUGCUGAAUAUCCAGGCAUCCAGAGGAAAGUGAUCCUCACUAAUAGCCUGGCAGAAGCUUCUUUUUCCCUACCAGGCAUUCGCUAUGUUAUAGACACAGGCUUUCAACUUAAAACUGUCUACAAUCCUCAGAUAAGAGCAAACUCACAGAUCCUGAAGACAAUCAGCAAAACACAGGCGGACAUGCGAGCUCAAAGAGUUAAUAGCAACCUUCCUGGGCUGUGUUUGCGUCUGUAUCCACAGUCUCUGUAUGAUGAUGGUAUGGUGGAAGCACAUUGUCCUGGGGUAUUGGAGGAAAAUCUUAGCCACUUAGUCUUGUUACUCAAGAGACUGGACAUUGCCGACAUGGGUCAAUGCAAAUUCCUAGACAGACCAGCACCAGAGGCUUUAAUGCAAGCCUUGGAGGAUUUGGACUACCUAGCAGCACUGGAUGAUGACGGUAACCUGUCAGAAGUGGGCAUCAUAAUGUCUGAACUGCCGCUGGAGCCAAAUUUGGCUAAAGCCCUCAUUGCAGCCUGCGAGUAUGACUGUGUUGAUGAGCUUCUCACAAUAGCUGCCAUGUUGACAGCUCCUUCCUGCUUUUUGAGGCCAGAACCUGUCAGAGAGGAGACUGCUGUGACUAAGUGGCGACCUCUAAUGCACAAUGAAGGGGAUCACAUGUCUCUCAUUAACAUAUACAACGGCUACAUGGAACAUAAUCAGGAUGAAGCAUGGUGCACGACACACUUUCUGAACCAUGUGGCAUUGCGUCUGGCUGUAGUGAUCAGGGCCGAACUGCUGGAGGUCAUGCAGCGAAUUGAACUUCCAGUGUCACACCCUGCUUUUGGAUGCCAAGACAAUUGCACAAAUAUCAAAAGGGCUCUCAUCUCAGGCCUCUUCCUCAAAGUGGCUCAUGAUGUGGAUGGUUCCGGUAACUACCUCUUGCUAACUCACCGCCACGUUGCUCACCUGGACCCCUUCUCUUCCUACUUGUGUCAUCAACCCUGUCGCGCACCCCCUCCCUGGGUUCUCUACCAUGAAUUCACCAUCUCCAGUGACAACUGCAUACGCGUCAUAUCAGAGGUUCACCCCCAGAUGCUUGUGGAGCUCACACCUCAAUACUUCCUGGAAAACCUUCCCUCUAGUGAUGGAAAGGAGCUGCUGAUCAAGGUGAGGCAGAAUACCAAGUCUUCCUCUUCCAAACAAGAUGGAGUAACGGACGCUCGCGGCAGGACCCACAGAGACACAGAAGAGUCUGGCACAGAGCUCUGUGUUGUCCAAUGAACUUACUGUAUGAUUUGUCUUAAAUUGGACUUUUGUCAUUCCUUGGGUACUGGAAAAGACUAAUAUAUUUUAAUUAUGAGUAAGUUCUCUAAUCAUUUAGGGAAAAUGUAAACCCCAUGUUGUUUUCCAUAUUGCGCUGCACUGUACUGUACUGUUAGCUUAUUGAACUCUGUCAAUACAAGUUCACUGGUAUUUCCAUGAUGGAAGUUUUUAAACACAUUUAAAGAGAUUAUAGAGGAUGUGCUGAAACCCAAACAGUAUCCACAAAAAAAUUUUCAUUGGGGGAGUGAUAGCGACCUUUUUUCCCUCAGCUUGAGGGUGGACCUGGGGUGUGGUAGUGACAAUGUUUCCUGUCGGCUCGAAGAAAAUCAUACUGAUCAAAAAGGAAGAUCCUGCUGCAAAAAGGGCACCUUUUUAUCCUUUGCAAAAGGACGUGUGCUUUAACACCACAGGCAGUCGAUCCGUGCUCGUGCCUCAGUGAUUCAUUUCUUUCCGGUUAUUCUUCAGACUUCAGUGUAUCCAGCCACUCUGGAGAGUCUUUGGAGGGAAAUUCACCUCUAAACUGUCAUUUCCUUUUGGAAAAAUCUCUUCACAAACAAUCUGAAGUUUUUUUGAUACUUUUAUACAGUCUUUGGAGAUCCUACUCCCUCCUGAUGUUUGGCACUUUUUGGCAAAAAAAUGAAAACCCUUUGUUUAAAGUAGAUUCCACAUGAAUCAGAUGAAUUUACAUGUACUGUUUCAAGAAAUACAAAUUUGUUUCAUAACUUUAACGGGCUAUUUUAGCAUAUUACAGAUGCAUACACAUUGGCACUUUUAAAAAUAGUUAUCACUUUGAUAUAGUUUUGAGCAGUUGUUUUUAAAAGUGUGAGGUAUGUGUCCCAUUUUAGAAGUCCAGCAACUUGAGGGGGACAAAAACAGAAUUUUAGUUGUUAACCUCAUUUUACUUUUGACUUACAGAAACAGAGCACUGUUUUGACUUUGAUGAUGUACGUACAUAUUUACUUUACUGUACAUUAAUGUGGAUGUAUGAUCACUCAUAUGAACCUCACUGAGACAUGGCAGUUUUCCUUUUUUUUUUUUAAAUCCCGUGCUCCUUGGAGGGAAGGGUGCCCGGCUCUCUUUUAGCGUAACAAAAUCAAAGUCACUCCUGCAUCUCACUGUCCCCCAACCACUCCUCUUUUGAAUACGAUACUCUUUUGAAACAGAGGUGGGUAAUAACACGUUACCUUUACUCAAGUAACAUUUUUUAGAAGGUGUACUUGUCAGAAUAUUUUAAACACUGUACUUUUUACUUUUGAAUGUUUAUGUGAAGAAGGAUUGAUACUUUUACACCAUUAGAAUGAUCAACAUGGCCUUCGCUACUUUUGUUUAUCCAUUCUUAUUUUUAGACUCCAUCUUCGACUUCCGCAUAGGGUCCCUGUUGUGUCCAACCAUCACUUACCUCAUUUGACUCUAAUUCAGCAAUUAGACAACACAAGGCAGUCACAGGAAUGCGCACGUAGCUUUUCCGAGCUAAUCAGAAUGACUCAUUUUGGGAGGGAAAAGAAGCCCCUCGUGUACGUUUACAGACAAAAAAAAAGUUUUGUCAUGCAUCUCUUAAAUUUUGACCACCCAAACUUGGAAAUUUCAGUACACUUCUAACCUGAGAAAACACCUCAGGGAAGUUGCAGAUUUGUUUGCGUUUUUUUUGGCAGUUGAUGUGGCAAAAUUAGCACACAAACCUUUAUGAAGUCAUUGAUGGGAAUUCAGCAAAUAAUAUUUCUGUAGAGCCUGAUGCAUGUGCAGGUGUGGGUUGAAUUGGUUUUUGGGCAGUGAAUAAUUGAAAUGGUUUUUCGACUCCCAUGUUUUUUUGUUUUGUUUUUUUUAAACUUGAUGUUCAUGCUCUGAUUGAAAAAAAUAAAUCAGAAUUUACC